AACGCAAAAAUAUAGCAGCAGAAGAAAGAAAGAAAGAAAGAAACCAUUUUUAGUGAAAACGAAGUUUUUCUGUUUUGUCUUUUCAAAGUUUCAAACUUUGAUGAUUUCCCAAACUGUAAAUUCAUAAACAUAUAUAUAUAUUAAUUAUAAAUGAAGAAAAAAGAGAUACCCAUGGUCCAUAAAUUUAGGAAAAUAUUUAUAAAAAAUAAUAGUUUGGAGUUGAGAGCGAGAGCGAGAGCGAGAGAGAUAAAGUGUCAAUUCUAGAAGAAGAGAUUCGUAGGGCAUAGUGUCGGCUGCUUGAAUUUUUUUGAUAAUAAUCAUUUAAAUUCAUUUAUUUCUUUUUGCCCCUUUUAAUUUAUAUGGUGUAUAAAUUCUAGGGUUGUUCUUAUUUUCAUUCGUUUAUUUCUUGAGUUGUUAUCAAUCUGUCCAGUUGAGGUGGAGAAGGAUCUGGGUUUUUCAUCUACUCCAGAUUCAAAAGUUAAAAGUGAGGGCUGCGUAGAUAAUUCGUUAUCCGAGCGUUUGAAUGACUCGUUUAAAGACUCUGUUUGAUGAGGAGUCUAAAGCAAACAAUGAACAACUCGGUCCUUCAUCAUGCAUCAAUGUGGAGAGUGUUGAAAGGCUUAAUGAGAAGGCUUUCCCGAAUGGAGAUUUGUAUGUUGGUGAUUUUAAGGAAAUUCUUCCCCACGGUAAGGGAAAGUAUACAUGGUCCGAUGGAACGGUAUAUGAUGGUGAUUGGGAAGCAGGGAAAAUGUCAGGCAAAGGAUUGUUAAUUUGGCCGUCGGGAGCAAAAUACAAUGGUGAUAUCUCGGGGGGUUACCUUCAUGGUUUUGGUGCAUUUACAGCUUCCGAUGGUUCCAUUUACGAAGGGCAUUGGAGGAUGAAUAUACGGCAUGGAUAUGGAAAAAAGAAGUAUUCCAAUUCGGAUAUUUAUGAAGGAGAAUGGAAAGAAGGGGAACAUGAAGGGAAAGGUAUAUAUUUUUGGAAUAAUGGAAACAAAUAUACCGGGAAUUGGAAACGUGGAAAAAUGCACGGUAGAGGUGUUAUGGAAUGGAUAAAUGGUGAUCACUAUAAUGGCUGUUGGUUUAAUGGUUUCCGUCAUGGAAAUGGAAUUUAUCAGUACGCAGAUGGGGGAUAUUAUUUCGGAACAUGGACGAGGGGCCUUAAGGACGGAAAAGGAUUAUUCUAUCCUGCCGGAAGUAAACGUCCCUCUUUAAAGAAGUGUUGUACCUCUCUGGGAUACGAUAAUGACCAUAAAACCGCGUUACCACAAUGUUCAUCACUACAUUUAGAAGAACAUAUAGUCAAGAAACCGAGUAUUAAACGUAGCCUGUCCGAAAAGAUAUUAGUAAGUGGAGUUUUAAAAGGUUCGGGUCGAAUGUCAAGCAAGACUGCUGAAAGUUCUGGACUUUCUGAUUCCGGAAGAGAAUUCGUUCACCAUAAUUCCUCAGGCACAUUCUCAUUUGAUUCCGAUGCCGGCCAAAGUGAACUGCAAGAAAAUACGGCUGUAAUUUACGAGAGGGAGUACAUGCAAGGAGUUAUGAUUAAAGAGAGAAUACGAGAUUACAACAAAUUAUCAAAGAAAGCUGAAAAGAAAACUAAAUUUCAUGCCAAAGAAACACAAAAGAGCUCAUGUGUUGGCAUUUUCAAAGGCCAUAACAGUUAUCAUUUGAUGCUUAAUUUGCAACUCGGUAUAAGGUAUACUGUCGGUAAGAUAACACCAGUGCCUAAGCGUGAGGUUCGAGCAGCUGAUUUUGGUGAUCGAGCUAGAAUUACUAUGUUUUUCCCUAAAAAGGGUUCACAAUUUACCCCUCCACACAAAUCAAUUGAUUUCUACUGGAAGGAUUACUGUCCCAUGGUUUUCAGGCAUUUGAGAGAGUUGUUCAAGCUAGAUGCAGCUGAGUACAUGAUGUCCAUUUGUGGCGAUGAUGGCCUGACCGAGAUUUCUUCUCCAGGGAAAAGUGGCAGUCUUUUCUAUCUAUCUCAUGAUGAUAAAUUUGUGAUUAAGACAUUGAAAAAAUCCGAACUCAAGGUUUUACUCAAGAUGCUGCCUAAAUAUCACAAUCAUGUCAAAGAACAUGAAAAUACUCUCAUAACAAAGUUUUUUGGGCUUCACCGGAUAACUUUACCGGGGAAAAGGAAGGUGCGCUUUGUGGUUAUGGGGAAUAUGUUUUGCACGGAGCUACGAAUUCAUCGUCGUUAUGAUCUAAAGGGAUCAACUCAUGGAAGAAUUACAGAUAAAGAUAAAAUUCAUGAAAACACUACUUUGAAAGAUCUUGAUUUGUCAUAUGAAUUUCACAUGGACAAAUCAUUGCGGGAGUUCCUUUUUGACCAAAUUGCCGACGAUUGUGCAUUCUUGAAAUCUCAACAGAUAAUUGAUUAUAGCCUUCUUUUAGGUUUACAUUUUAGAGCUCCUGAGCCACUUGACGGCCUUGUAGAACCUCCUAACAUUUCGCCUAAUAUGCAAAGCUCACCUGCUGGCCAAGAUGGUGAAGUGUUGUUUCCAUCAAAAGGCUUCGUGCUACUUGCCCAUGAACCCAGCUCUGUUAACACCGACCCAGGUCCUCACAUUAGAGGAAGAGCAUUACGAGCUUUCUCUUUGGGCAACCAGGAAGUUGAUAUUUUGGUGCCUGGUACUGGAAGGUUACGGGUGCAAUUAGGAGUAAACAUGCCGGCACGGGCUAAUCACAAGCUUCCCCAAGAUGAGUCCGAUUCAGCCGAAGUCGAACUCUUUGAGGUAUAUGAUGUGAUUCUCUAUAUGGGAAUUAUUGAUAUUUUACAGGAAUACAAUGCAAAGAAAAAGGCAGAGCAUGCAUACAAAUCAGUGAAAUUUGGCCCCACGACAAUAUCUGUCGUGGAACCCGAGCUGUAUGCUAAUCGUUUCACCAAUUUCUUGAAACAAAAAGUUUUCCCUGAACAACCAUGAACACAAAUUGUAAAUAUUUCAUCUCCUUUCCAUUGCUUUUUCAUUCCUUUUCUACUUUUUUUUUUUUUUGUCUUUUUGACACAAUUCUUUUUACACUUGUAUAAAAUUAUCACUGUCUGCGCCUGUUGUUGUAUACUCCCAUGGUAUAGUUCUUAGUAAAUGAGUUUUACAUUCUUCUC